CCUUCCCCAGCGGUCGGCCCGGAACCCCGACCCCCAACCCGGCCCGCGCGCGCCCCCACCGCGGGGGCGUGCGGACCUGCCUGGAGCUGCUAACCCUCCCCCUACGCAGCCCCAUCGCACCCCCGCAUCUAAUCAGGAAGCUCCCGGAGCCACAUUUGCAGCCUCGCCUGUCUGUUCAGAACCUGCUCCCCACCUCAGGCCCAGCUGAGGUAGAAGGCCUGAUUCUGCAGAGAAGUUCAAGGAACCAACCCAGAGGAACCCAGGCACACGCAGGGAAGCCAAGGUGAGCUGAGCGAUGGGUUCGGAGCUGGAGGCAGCGAUGGAGACUCUCAUCAAUGUGUUCCACACACACUCGGGCAAGGAGGGGGACAAGUACAAGCUGAGCAAGAAGGAGCUGAAAGAGCUGCUGCAGACGGAGCUCUCCGGCUUCCUGGAGGCCCAGAAGGAUGCGGAUGCUGUAGACAAGGUGAUGAAGGAGCUAGAUGAGAACGGAGAUGGGGAGGUGGACUUCCAGGAGUACGUGGUGCUCGUGGCUGCCCUCACAGUGGCCUGUAACAACUUCUUCUGGGAAAACAGCUGAGCAGACAACUCCAGGCAGCAGUGCCUUGCCCCUCCACCCUCCCAUACCUGCCCCUUCACCCCAUUUUUCCCUCCCCACACUCCCACUUUUGCCCACCCUCCUUCAGGGGCACAAGAGUGAAGGGCCAGGCCUGCAAUUCAUCUUUCAUUAAAGGCUCACCUCUCGCCA